AUGACCUCGUUGUCAUCGGUGGUGGUUGGUUCUGGUGGUUUGUCUUGUUCCAAAACAGCGCGAGAAUAUGGAGCGCGAGUAGCUUUGGUUGAUGGCGUUAUGCCGAGCCCCCAUGGAACGACGUGGGGUAUUGGAGGAACAUGUGCUAAUGUGGGAUGUAUCCCAAAAAAGCUCAUGCAUCAUGCUGGUCUUGUAGGAAGAGAGGUAAGAGCUUAUGCGUAG